AUGGCAAUAGUUGGCAUUGUUAUGUCAUGGGUUAUAGAGGUAACUAAUGAUAAACCAAAGAUUUCCAAAAGUGAAGGGGUAGGAGCUAUAAUCUGUCUCCAAACCAAGGCAUCUGUCAUAGAGCGAGCGCAAGAGGUUGAAGCAAAUUUAGUAGCUGACUUCCCUAGCUUUGUGAAGCCUAUGCUUCCAUCACACGUUACUGGUGGAUUUUGGCUGGGGUUACCCAAGCGAUUCUGUAACUUGCAUUUGCCGAGGCAUGACGAGACUGUCAUUUUGUUGGAUGGAAGUGGAGAAGAGUACAGGACAAAGUAUCUGGCGGAUAAGAAUGGACUGAGUGGUGGAUGGAGAGGCUUCUCCAUUGCACACAAAUUACUUGAGGGAGAUGUUUUAGUUUUCCAAUUGAUUGAACCUUGCAAAUUUAAGGUGUACAUUGUUAGAGCAAAUGACUUGACAGAAAUUGAUGGGGCUAUUGGUCUUCUAUGUUUAGAUGCUUGUGCAAAACCGAUGGAUAUUGAUCAAAUAGAAAACAACGCGAAACAAAAGGACGUGGAGAAAUGGUUGCAGCCAAUUCCGCUAGACCAUCAUCAAGAAAAUAUUAAAAAAGAUGGCGUGAUGGUGCUAAGUGACCUUGGACCUCCUGCAUCAGAUCAGUCCAUAGACAACGGUGAUCAGGCCAUAGACAACGGUGAUUAUACUAGCUUUGAAGGCAUCAGGUUUUCGGAAUCCACUGUUGAUUUUAAAGAUGUGAAGUGUUUUGAGAAUUUCACCAUUCUCGUGGAUGGUUUAGUUAUGGAUUCCCAGGUACCUCAACACCUUCGUGUCAAGUAUUAUGAGCUUUGCCGUAGUCAAGAAGCAUUUCUUCAUGAUCACCUUGUCAAGGGCCUAAACUUUAACUUAGCUGCUGGCAUAAUUUCUGAAACUGUCAACAUCGCGGAUGCAAUUAGAGCUUCCAAGCCAACAACCUCUCAGGAUGAUUUCACAACUUGGGACCGGACUCUAAAAGCAUUUGAGGACUUGGGCAUGAAUGUUGGGUUCCUACGUGCUCGUCUUAAUAGGCUUUUGACCCUCGCAUAUGAAUCGCAGAAGGUUAUAGAAUCAAAGAGAGUCGAAAGAAUUCAAGCUGUAGAGGAGAUGAAAACCCUUGAAGCACAGCGUUUAGAAGUGGAACUGGUGAUAAAAAGUCUAGAUGCUGAGAUUGAGUCCAUGAAGUUAAAAGGGGAGAGGCUAGAACUCAAGUUCCAGGAAGAGGCUAAUGCAAUAUGGUGAAGGAUCAAAAUCCUCGCCUGUGCAACAGUAAACCGGCCCCCUCCAGUUAGUGAUAUGGGAUGCAAACCUAACAUUACAACAUUUCCCUAACGUGCAUCACUAACUUGAGGGGACCAGUUUGUUGUCGUGCAGGAGAGGAUUUUAGUCCAUAUGGUGAAAAGCUCUCUCUGCUUUUUUUUGGGUUGAUGUGUAGAUAGUCUUUUUUGUUUUUGGAGUUGCACAUGCAUCAUCAACAUGCUAGUAAUGAGGGGACUGGUUUAUUGUUGUGCAGGAGAAGAUUUUAGUCCAUAUGGUGAAAAGCCCUCUCUACUUUUUUUGGGUUCUGAUGUGUAGAUAGUCUUUUUGUUUUUGGAGUUGUACGUGCAUCAUCAAUAUGCUAGUAAUGAGGGACCGGUUUACUGUUGUGCAGGAGAAGAUUUUAGUCCAUAUGGUGAAAAGCCCUCUCUAUUUUCUUUUGGGCACCGAUGUGUGGAUAGUCUUUUUGUUUUUGGAGUUGAACGUGCAUCAUCAAUAUGCUAGUGAUGAUCUAUACUGAGGAACUAAGUUCCUGCAUCUAAAUGCUGUAAUUUUUGCUUUUU